AUGUCGAAGGCAUUCGACAGGUUGGAAUGGAAAUUCUUAUUAGAUGUUCUCAAAAAAUUUGGCUUCUCUCACAAGUUUGUUCAGCUUAUUUCUCAAUGCAUCGCUACCACAAAUAUUGAAGUUAUGCUGAAUGGAUCACCAACUGCAGCUUUUAAACCCACACGUGGUAUUCGUCAAGGUGAUCCAUUAUCACCUUAUCUAUUCAUACUAGCAAUAGAGUCUUUUUCUAGAUAUCUAGCAUACUGUGAGAAAUCUGGGCAAUUGACAGGUAUGAAAAUUUCUCGAUCUGCACCCAAGAUUAACCACCUUUUAUUCGCAGACGACUGUCUCUUAUUUUGUAAAGCUAAUGAGAGGCAAGUUCAGAAAUUACUUCAAGUGAUUGAACAGUUCUCUAGUUUUUCUGGGCAACUGAUUAACUUCAAUAAAUCAGCUGUUUAUUUUAGUUCUAAUCUCGAACCUGAAGUCUGCCAAUCUAUCAGUGGAAGUUUGUGA